AUGGCUUCAGAUGGAGCCUCUCCGUUGCCUGGACCUGACAUGACCAUGAAAGCUGGCACUGCCCUGCCUUCUUUCACUGCGCUUCCUUUACCUCCACCUGCUCCUGGCCUGCCAGACCCACCACCCUGGGAGCCUCCUUCGCAGCCCCCCAUACCUUCAGCAUUCUCUCCUGGCAACCCUCUGGUGCUCUCUGCUUUCCCCAGCCCAUUGUUGGUGACAGGGGAUGGGAGUCCAGGCCCCAGUGGGGCUGAAGCUGGCAAAGUCAUUAUCAAAGUCAAGACAGAAGUGGGGCCAACUGAAUCCUCUCAAACUCAGAACUUUAUUCUUACUCAGACUACCCUCAAUUGGAUUGCCUCAGGUGCUCCUUGCGGGGGCCCUCCAGGUCCCCCCCCUCGAUUUGUGACAGCCUCAAACGUGAAGACCCUCCUGCCCACUAAGGCUAUCGGGGUGAGCCAGGAGGGCCUCCUGGGCCUUCCUCCUCAAGUUCCACCUGCAACAGCCCAAAUGGCCCCCACUGUGUCCCCGGAAAAGACUUGGCUAGGGACAACCGGGGAAGCAGGUCCUGAGGCCACUCAACCCAAGCCCUCCCUGGGUGACCUCUCCCAUACUUCCAAGGGUGUUUAUGAGAAUUUCCGACGUUGGCAGCGCUACAAAGCUUUGGCCCGGAGGCACUUGUCUCAAAGUCCUGAUGCAGAAGCCCUUUCCUGCUUUCUUAUUCCAGUGCUUCGUUCCCUGGCCCGGCUGAAGCCCACCAUGACCUUGGAGGAGGGACUGCCGAGGGCCGUGCAGGAGUGGGAGAGAACCAGCAACUUUGACCGGAUGAUCUUUUAUGAGAUGGCAGAAAAGUUCAUGGAGUUUGAGGCCGAGGAGGAGAUGCAAAUUCAGAACACACAGUUGAUGAACAGGUCCCAGGGCUUGCCUCCUGUGGCCCCUCUGAAACUUGAUCAUCCAGGGCCCUCUCCGGCAGAGGCUGGCCAACAGCCUGCGUAUAUUCCCAAGAAGGCGGCAUCCAAGGCACGGGCCCCACGCAGGCGGCAGCGCAAGGCCCAGAGGCCUGCAGUGGCCGAGGCGCCCAAGGAGAUCCCACCAGAAGCUGUGAAAGAGUAUGCGGACAUCAUGGAAGGGCUGGUAGGGACUGACUCAGCCUCUGGGAAGUCAGAUGGAAGACAAGAAGAGGAAGAACGGAGGCAGGAGGAGGAAGGGAUGUAUCCAGACCCAGAUCUCCUGAACUACAUCGAUGAGCUGUGUUCUCAGGAGGUCUUUGUUUCCAAGGUGGAGGCUGUCAUUCACCCUCAAUUUCUAGCAGAUCUGCUGUCCCCAGAACAACAGAGGGACCCCUUAGCCUUAAUUGAGGAGCUGGAGCAAGAAGAAGGACUCAGUCUUGCCCAGCUGGUCCAGAAGCGGUUGUUGGCCUUGGAAGAGGAGGACGAUGCAGAGGCACCCCCAAGUUGCAGUGGAGUUCAGUCAGACUCCAGUCCUUCUGUUUCUGAUGAGGAGGAAGAUGGGGGUGGGCGGCUUCGGCCCUCACCUGGGUCUCGGGGGGCCGGGGGCACCGUUCGCCUUGGAAAAUCUGCUUCUCCAGGAAAUAGGGCAAGAGAAGUGCAUGGUGGGCAGGGGCGGGCCUUAGAUGGUCUGCGGGGGAUGCACAGAGAUGGGAAUGCUCUGCUGUCCUUCAGCAGCUGGGAUCCGCAGGUAGAACUCGAAGUUCCACAGGGGACUCAAGGGCCCUUGGCAAUGUCGCGAGGGUCUGGGAAGGUUAUCUGCCAGGCAUCUACGCAGCAAGUUGAGCACCUGGGCGGGUCCAGGUCUCGCGAGCGCUCCCUGGUGGCUGAGAGGUCCUCUAAGUCUUUGUCCCUUUGCUGGCAGGAGGGUCCCCCCCAACUUGAGAUAGUUCCCCCUUUGGAUGUUGGACUCACAGAGCUGGCUUCUCCCCAAGGACAGGGGCUAGAGAAACAGGUGCUGAUGUUGCAGAGUGAACAGCUGGAGGGUCUUGAAAGACCUCCGCAGGGGAAGAAGCCGAUAGAGGCACCUCAGGAAGGCUCUUCAGGACCCAUGUGGGGAGAAGACAGAGGUCCUCCCAUGGUUCAGAGCUAUGAUCAGAGCCCUUCCGCUGGAGCAGCUGAGGCUCAGGUCAGGGAUGGGGCCUCUCUCAGUCCAGGCUUUUGGCUGAGAGGUGGGAUGGAUGCCACAGGCCUGGAGCUGCCCUUGCAGAUUGAGGAAGUCAUAGACAACUUCCAUGACAGGGUGUGUGUAGCUGAGCACCAGGGAGGCUGCCCGGCACUGGGUUCCAGAAGAAACAUUUCUCUGGGUCCCGGAGAGACCACCACACCUGAAGAUGAAGUAGAUAGUGCAGUUCCCUAUGGAGGCACAGAUGCCAUAGUAACCCUAGAAAAGAGAAACUACUGCAGCUUGCCAGGACCACUGAGGUCCAACAGCCCAGCCGUGAAGCCUAAAGAUAGCAAAGAGAGCCCUGAAACUACAGAAAAACCCAGUGUUCUGUGGGCUGAAGGUUGCUCCUCAUUGCUGGAGAGCAGAAUUGAUGCCUCCACACUGGGAGCUUCCAAAGAAACCCUCCAACCCACAUGUCAGGGCAAUAUCCUUAUCCUGGGGACCCAGGAUGUCUCUGCUUUUCUGGAGCCCAGCCAAGAUGGGGGCAUUGGCAACAACCUUAUUCCCUCUCAGCUGGAAAGCACAGAACACAUCAACACACUAGAUGUUAGAGAUGCCGGGGGCCUCCAGCUAGGGGAAGAGGAAGCCAGCUGCCCAAGUUUUAAUUCUUAUGAACUGCAAAGAGAGGGCAAGGAGGAUACAGACUCAUCUCAGCCCAAAGACCCUACUUUCACACUAGGAAAUCGAAAGUCUUAUGCACUCAGGACCCCCAAGUCAACAUCUCACCAGAGCCUUGGACGCUCUUCCCCUAGAUGGGGAGCCGAGGGCGCCUUAGUUCCGGGAGAGACGUCUCCUGUUAAUGAAACUCGCAGUUCUGCAGGUGGGGCCAAAGGAGAAGAGGAGGAGGAAGACGAGGAACUAUCUAAUUUUGCUUACCUUUUGGCCUCUAAACUUAGCCUAUCCCCACGGGGGUUUCCCCUUAGCCCUCACCCUACCUCAGGCCUGCCUUCAGCAGUUCAGGGUGUCCAGAGAGCACCCCGUUCCCUCUCUGCGGAGGCAAGAGGCCUCGGCCAUCCUCCAUAUCCAGUAGCCAAGUCUGGGAAGCGAGGCCUAGUUGAAGGUGCAUCUGCUGCUGCUGAAAAGAGGCCCUACCCAGGAGCUGAAUUUUUGGUCUCUGGAGAGAAGCCCCUGACUCUUGGAGUAGGUAGAUCUUCCCAGCCUCGUAAAAGAAGGCGUGAUAGUUUUGUUACAGGCAGGAGGAAGAAACGACGCCGUAGCCAGUAGGGAGCAGUGGGACUGCCCUGCCCCAACUGCCCAUCCACCA